UAAAGUUUCUUUGUACGUUAUGUAGAAAAUCCAUCAUGGCGGCGGGCCUGAACCUCCAGCCUCAGACCGUCAACGGUCGCCUGAAGCUUGACCUGAGUAACCAGGGUCUGACGUCCAUCCCGGAGGAGGUGUUUGAUAUCACUGACCUGGAGUAUCUAGAUGUGUCCAAAAACAAACUAACCAGCAUCCCGGAAGCACUCGGCCGUCUGCAGAAACUUUACCGUUUGAGCGCUGGCGGCAACAUGCUGACAAGUUUGCCACAGGCGAUCGGUUCCUUGCAGAAAAUGACACACCUGUACAUUUAUGAUAAUCAGCUGACGGAGAUGCCCUCAGGGGUGUGCUCGCUCCCUAACCUUGAGGUGUUAGAUGUCAGUAACAAUAAGUUCUCCACCUUCCCCCCUGGUGUGGAAAAGCUGCAGAAACUGAGAGGACUGUACAUUUAUGGUAACCAGUUGACAGAAGUUCCACGAGGGGUUUGCUCUCUGUCAAACCUUGAGUCGUUGGAGGCUAAUGGGAACAAAUUUUCCACUUUCCCUUCUGGUGUGGAAAAGCUGCAGAAAUUGACCAGAUUACUCAUUAAUGAUAAUCAGCUGACGGAAUUGCCCUCCGGCGUCUGCUCGCUCCCUAACCUUGAGCUGUUAAGUGUCGGUAAUAACCCCAUCAGACGUCUCUCCAAUGACGUCACACGACUUGCCAGGCUGAAGACUCUCAGUGUCCCCAACUGUCAGUUUGCUGAGUUCCCCAAACAGGUGCUGCAGCUGAAGACACUGGAGCAACUGUACGCUGGUGGCUGCAAGUUUGACAUAGUCCCAGAUGAAGUGGGAAACUUACAACACCUGUGGCUCUUGUCAUUAGAUGUAAACCUCCUCAGAACCCUGCCGAGCACCAUGAGUCACCUGCACAACCUACGGGUGGUUCAACUCUGGAACAACAAGUUCGACACGUUCCCAGAAGUCCUGUGUGAACUACCUGCCAUGGAGAAACUGUACAUAAGGGACAACAACAUCACCAGGCUGCCAACCGCCCUUCACCGAGCAGACAAGCUGACGGACUUGGAUGUGUCUGGAAACCCCCUGGCAUACCCUCCACAGGAUGUGUGUAAACAAGGGACCGGCGCCAUCAUGGCCUUCCUGAAACAGGAGGCUGAGAAAGAGGCAACAAAAAGAGCUGGACAAGAGGAGAAAAAGGAUUCAGCAGCAGGCAAAGGAACUGAAGAAGUGCGAGAUGUAGAAGCCACACCUGUUAAAGCAGCACGUCAACCUGACAUCAUGGAGCCCGCUGUAGAGACCGAGCUGGAGAGGAAGUUACGGGAGAGAAGGGAGAAAAGUGCCCGGAUGCAGCAACAAGUCAGCCAACAAAGGGGCCAGACUGCAGAGAGAAUGGGCACAAGAAAAGAUAAAGACCUGAAUCUAGCGUUCAGUCGUCUGGCACUGAAAGUCAAGCAAUCCGUCGAAUGGAAACACAUCGCCCGGCAGUUAGGCUUCAACAAUCAGGAUGUUAAAGACGUCGAGACCGACUGCCCAGACGAGCCGAUGUACGAGACGCUGGUAAGAUGGAGAGAGCGAGCCGGUCCUGCUGCCAGCCUGGCUGGACUGGAGCGGUGUCUGAGAGACCUGGAUCUGCACCAGCUGGCAGACCAGAUCAGCAGGACGGCUAUGAGCCAGACCCAGAUAGGCCAUGAGUCAGAAGAAGGGGGAGCAGUUGGAGGGCAGCUGCCGGGUGAGGUGCAGAGUAGACAUUCUAAAGAUGCCGAACAGGGCAACAAAGUCCUGCAACAAGAGGGUAAGUAG